CCUUCGCCCUUCCCUCACCACCUUGCGCAUCCACGGUCGGCCAAACACGUCCAGUCUUCCACAUCCACGCGUCUUGGGCAAUCCCAUUUUGCCCACGUACCUCUACUCGUGCAGCUGCAGCCCAUAUCUUAUCAUUUCUAACGUCAAUCAACUCCCAAACAACCCCAACAAAAAUGUCCGACUACGGUGACCACGGUGACGAUGAUCGCGAGCCCAUCGACGAGCCCGCCUUCGACGAGGACCCGGAUGAGUACUACGAGCCCGAACCCGAGCCCGCGGACGACGACGUAGCGGGCAGACCCGGCGACGAAGUCGACGAGGCCGAAAACGACAACAACAUAGUCACUUCGGGUGACCCUAACGCGGCCGCCAAUGCUGGCAAGGGCAACGAGAAAUCCCACAAGGACAAGAAGAUUCCCAACGACCAGCGUUCCACGACACCUUACAUGACCAAGUACGAGAAAGCUCGUAUCCUCGGCACACGUGCUCUGCAAAUCAGCAUGAACGCGCCAGUGCUGGUUGAUCUCGAGGGCGAGACGGAUCCUCUCCAAAUCGCUAUCAAGGAGCUGCGCGAGAAGAAGAUUCCUCUGAUUGUCCGUCGUUACAUGCCUGAUGGAUACUACGAGGACUGGACCUGCGAGGAGCUCCUGCAGUAAACGGAAACCUACAAGACCCGUCAGGGGUAAUAGGGGCGACCCAGUCUUGGGUCAGAAAAUACACAAAAUUGCAUUAGCGAAGGCGUUCAGGUUGAAAUUUUAUACACCAUAUUUGAUCAUUUUGGGACAGUUGGACUCGAUCCAAAGGGCAACAAGAAGAACGCAAUGUGCUCCUCGAGUUGAAUAAAGGGCUCAUUCAAAACUUCACGUGCGUCUGAUCAGUCAUUGUCCUGUACGUUCAUGCUUUUGUUCAACAGGCCUGGGCAUAUGAGGUUUCAAGAGCCUUGCUUCCGCCGCACUUUCUCAUGCUGAUAUCUGCUUAGAUUUUGUGCUGCUAUUCGAUAGCGAAUAUUUAAAUCAAUUGUAUAUGUCAAUUAUACAGAAAAGGAAUAGAGUAUAACC